AUGGACCAAAUAAUUAGUGAUAUUGGAAAUAAUUACGUUUACAUAAUUGUUGACGAAACAGCAAAGAGGUUUGUAUAAAUAUUUUUUUUUUUAAUUUCUCAAUAUAAUAAAAUAUACUAUUUUCGUUUAAGUUUGUCUAUUCCAAAUUUAUUAAUUGGUAAAUUAGACGGGACGCCUAGUAAAUCAUAUUUGGUUGCAUGUAAAGAACUAAAAUCCACCAAUUAUGAAACUAUUUGUCAGUUUAUUAAUUCCUCGUUAAAAAUGUUUCCUGGUAUUGAAUAA